AUGUCCGGACCAACGACCGCCCCCGUCAGCGCCCCACUGACCAUCCCCAUGGGCUUCGGGGCACAGAUCAAAGCGCUACAAGAGCAGCAGCGGCAGCAAGCCGAUCGCAUCGCGGUUCUAGAGCACAAAAACGCGCUACUCCAAUCCUCGCACCCAGCGCCCUCCACCCUCCUCGCGCGCAUCGAAGCCCUCGAGCAGCAGAACACUCACCUAACCACGCGCCGCAAAGAAGCCGUAACCCAGCUCCUCAACCUGCGCACGCUGCACCAGGAAGCCAGCAACGCCUUCCUCGUCCGCGCCUCGGACAUCGAAGCCGACGACCUCGAGGGCAUGCUGGGCGUCCACGCCACCAGCAUCACGACGGUGCUGAACCACCACCAGCGCGCGCUGGGCCAGCUGCGGCCGCUAGGCCACAUGCCGCCGUAUGGCACUGCUAUUCAGGGUCCUGGCUGCUAUCCGGUUGGCUAUGCCUACCCAACGCAGUACAAUCAGACGGGGUAUUGUCAGGCUCAUCACUUUCCUUAUCCUUGUCGUGUGUGCGGUCACUGA